AUGGCUGCCUCUUUUUUGAAUAGAAUUGCUGCUCUUGGAAUCGGCGUCGCCGCGAUCGGUGGCGUUGUUAAUACUGCCCUCUACAAUGGUAAGAUGCAACUUUGUUUACUGUUCUUGCAGCGUGGUGGAUUUGUGAAAAAGCGACGCAUGAUUUGGAAAAUCGUUAAAGAUUUGUUGACAACUUCGACUGCAUGUCCUCAUCUACUGUAGGCCGCUUAAUCAAUAUUUCCUUUCUGAAGAAGCCCUACCUGCACUGUAUUUUUUCUCUGGCUGUUAAAAUUCUAUGAUAAAUUACCUGCAAUCAAAGAUUAGCCGAUCUUUCUUUACUUUAUUUUUUUAUGGGUUUUAACAAAUUGAAGUAAGCUUAUAUUUUUCUUUGCUUCGUACAUUGGUUUAAAACUGUACCAAAAGAGCUGUAGCUUUAUCACAAAAAUGUUCUCCAACUUCUAAAACUUCGUUAAAGAAGGUUUCAAUAAAACCUGUUGGUGUCUUUAAGUUCAGGGUACAUUUUUUUAUUUUUCAUCUUUUUAAUUAUCCUGUGACAUUUAUUGAAAUUAUUGCAUAAUGCUCCUUUCACUAUAUGUGAGGGGUGUGUGCGAGGAGGGAGGGGGGAGGGAGGUGUUCGUGUCCAAAAAAAAACGCACAUGAUUUGCUCUUUCAGGUAAGUAAUGAUAAUAUAUUAGGCAUUGGCUUGUAGCUUCCCUUUUUUUUGGAGUCAUAACUUUUGAUGUACAAAGACCCAUUCCAGAAAUGACAGCUGGUGUAAUAUUCUUACAUAUAGUUACUGGUUUAUAAAAUCAGCCCUAGUAACAUCAUUCUCAAAAUCAAAAUUCAACAGAAUGUCGUACCUGAGGUUAAGCUAUUAAGGGACUCAUUUUGAUUUAACCAAAGGAAAGUAGACAAGCCACCAUUUUUGCAAUGGGUCUCUAUUUAAUAUAACAGCUAACCUGAAAAGGUCUCUCUGUAGAUGACAGAACACAGUAUUUCUAUGUAUUUUUGACCUUUAGUUAUCUCUUAGUAACAACUUCAGAAGGGGAUGUAAAUUCUAACUACAUGUACUAUAUAGAGUUAGUAAAAGUAAAGUCAACUCUUUUUGCUUAUAAAUGCAUACGAUGUGGUUCUAAUUUCAGUGGAAGGGGGCCAUCGUGCUGUAAUAUUUGAUAGAUUUCAAGGUGUUAAACCUGAGGUCACUGGUGAAGGAACCCAUUUCCUCAUCCCGUGGGUACAGAGGCCCAUCAUAUUUGACAUUCGUAGCAGACCAAGAAAUGUACCUGUUAUAACUGGAAGUAAAGGUACUUUAUUCAUCUGUUUUAAAAAACACCUAAAUGAACUAUCUAUAAGAAGAUGGUGAAUAGAACAUAGAAAAUGGUGUUUUGGGGUGUCAAGGGUGACUAUUUCUAUUCUCUGCACACCUACCGGUAACUCCUGGAUAACUGCCUCCUCACAGUACACCCAUUUAGAUGAAAAGGUUAUCUUAGGAAGCAAGUAGGGGACAAUAGGGCCAUUUAUACGAGGAAAAAUAAGACGCGUCUUACAUAGGACGUGUCUUAAAUAAGACGCGAACUUUCCGUAUAACGGCACAUUUCGUCUAAAAUAAGACGCGGCGUAGCUAAGACGCGUCUCAUUUUAGAACAGCCCUUAACACCUGUUCUUAGAUAAGACGCGUCUUGGCCAAGACGAGAAAAACUUCGUAUAAAUGACCUUCGCGUCUUACAUAAGAUGCGAAUGCAUAGUACGCAUGCGUUAAUUUUUGGCGUGCCAUGUUGGAUUGCCAUUGCUACGGACGGCAUUCACAUGAAAACGAGUCAAGAACAGAAAUAAGACGCGAACCAUUUAUACGAGCUGUUCUCGUCUUAGAUAAGACAUGCUCGUAUAAAUGGUACAGUUAGCAUCUUAUUUAAGACGCGUCUUAUUUUUCCUCGUAUAAAUGGCCCUAGUGUGUUCCCUGGGCUGUGGCUGAAGACAAUGGAUCAGAGGUUGUGUUUGGGCACUACUGGAUUUGUGGACAGCAGCCUUGUUCCCAGGGGUCUCUCCUACCCAUCCUGGGGAAUGAGGUUAUUUGGACAGAAGGCAAACAUCUGAGAGUAACAAUUUUAGUAAAAUCCCUCUAGGGGAGUAUGCACCCCUUGUAGAGUAUUAGCUGCUGAAAAGCCUAAUUCAAUUAGAAAGUUUUGAUCCAUUCUCAAAAUAGGUCAGACUCAAACUCUGUGAGGAAAAGCCAUACCAAGGUUAUAUACUUCCCAAAUUGAGUGUCUGCUGAAAAACUUCUUUCUUUGAAGACAGCAGAAAAUAGAGUUUAUUUCUAAGAAGGAAUUUUGCUUAACAGAUUUACAGAAUGUUAAUAUUACACUAAGGAUCCUGUUCAGACCCCAACCUCAGGUAUUGCCAAACAUGUACAUGAACCUUGGAGAAGAUUAUGAUGAAAGAGUUCUUCCAUCAAUUACAACUGAAGUUCUCAAGGCUGUUGUGGUAGGCCAUAAUGUUUUAGUUUACUUCAACUUUCAAACAACAUAUGUACACUUUUAUCACCAGGCUAAAUUCUCAAGUGUCGUUCCAACCAUUCCAAUAUAAUUAUCUUCUGAUCAGUACUUGCUUGUAGUACUGUUUAUGAUGAUAUACAAGGUGGCAGGUUGUAAUAUUAAAAUUUGUGAUUGAAAAGGUGGAAGUGUGUUUAAUAAACUAGAAGUAAUCACAGAUUGAGGAUCUGCGUUCGUCACUCACACAAUUGAAAUAGAGUCAAAAGGAUUCCAGUUUCCAGUGGCCAAGAUGCCCCUGAUAAAAUUAAUAGGGGUGGCUAAUUUGCAGUCGGUCGUGAUAGCUCAAAAACUUCUGCCUUAGUGCCACAGGAACACCAGAUUAGGAUGCAUUCUGACAAAUGCAAUAAUUUGGCAUUGUAAAAAGCUACUGAUCAUUGCUCCUUUCUGGUUGUCAUAAUUUGAAGCAGACUCUAACUGACAAUGUUUUUUUUUUCACAAGGCCCAGUUUGAUGCUGGAGAACUUAUCACACAAAGAGAAGUGGUAGGUUUGUCACAAGAUUUCAGUUUUUUAAACUGUAUUUGCCACUUUAGAAAUGAGGGGGGAACUGAAGGCAAUUUGUCCUCAUUGUUUCUGGGAUCAUUGCUGUAGACACACCAGUCAGCUAUUGGUAAUUUUUCCUUGUCCUUAGUAACAGUCCCAGAGGUCCUUAUGAAUGUUGUCUUGGCCCAGUUCCCUUCUUGGUUCUAAAGUGGCAAAUUGCAGGAGAGAUUUAAAAAGGAUGAUACUCAUUGUCUCUAAAAGUUAUAGUGAAAAUUUAAAAUCAUAUGUUCAAGAACAUUUUAUGUUAGCUGACACAAACGUUGAGUAAGGCAAGAUGCUGUAACUCUUUAAAUCAUUACCAAGUAAACCUUGAAGAAGACAUGUCCAGCAUUCUUUAUUUAAAGCUAAAGUAAUCUUCAGCUUUCUCUAACUUGUUAUUUCCAAGUUUUGAUAAAUGAUAGGUUGUCUAUUUUGAAUAAUGAAAAGUUUAUAUGCAAAUUUUAAAUUUUGUAGGUUUCUCAGAAAGUUCAAGAGGCCCUGACAGAGAGAGCUGCAAGUUUUGGUCUUAUUUUGGACGAUAUCUCUUUGGUGAGGAUACAUCAUUAUGAAUUUAGUGUUAAAUAAGAACAGCGCUUUGGGGGGAUAGCGGGAGAUGUUAGGGGGUGUGGUAGAGGGACCCCUUGAAUGUCCAUACACCCAUCCUACCUGAGAUACCUCGUUUUGAACUUGGAGACAAAUGCACCUCCCUGCCACCCAUACCCCCUCCCAGUAAAACCUUAUGCCCUGGUUGUUCAAACUCGGAUAGCACAAUCCAAUGGAUAAAUUACCAUCCUUUGAGUUGUUUGACUGUAAUUGCAAUGUUUGAGAGCGCAACAAAUUGUACAGAAACAGUUACUGAAUCUGAACUGCAAAUUACGGUAUUAAUUGAAAGAAAUUUAAUAACUAAGAUGGCAAUGUACAUGGAUAGAGGCAAGGAAUAGAAAAAAUAACCAGCAAACAUCCCUAUGUACAUGUACCUGUGUUGAUACAGACAGUUAAAAGAAAUCAUGAAAGAGUUGAAGGUGAUAAAGCUCAAAUCAAUAGCAGCUGUUAGAUUUGACUACCAUCACGACUUUGGAAUCUGAAGCUAGUUAAAUCCUCAGAACUCUAACUCCUUCCUGUUCGCGACCAGAACAGGGGAAGAUUAUUACAGUUUAUUUAAGCACACAAACUGGAUUUGAAAGCUCGUACUCGUUUUCAGUCUCUUGCUUGUAGUCAAAUCUAAGGUUAUCAACAAUCCUUUUCCAGCCUCAGUAUCAUGGAUCCUUAAUAUCAACAACUCUGUCAGGUUUUCCUUGUUUAAAUUGUUUUGUUUCCCUUGUUUUAGACUCAUUUGACCUUUGGUAAAGAAUUUACAGAGGCUGUUGAAUUAAAACAAGUCGGUAAGUGAAGGAUUUUGCUGUUGCCUGUUUGGAACGUCUGCAUUCAACAAGUAUACACCCUGCGAGGGGAAAAGAAAAAUGAAAGUUCUUAUUGCCGAUUAGGUUUUUUGCAUCCCAUAAGGAAUACUUUUUCCCUUUUACUUGUCUAACUUUGUGGCUUUUUUCUCUUCUAUCCUCUAGCUCAGCAAGAAGCGGAGCGUGCCAGAUUUCUUGUAGAGAAAGUAAGUAGUUGGACAAGACAAAUUAUCUGAAUAGUCUCUUUGAAAAUAAAUCCAGCAAUGGCAAAGAGCAUGAGCUGCUACAGUCAUCUCGCCACCAAGAGGUCGACUCGCCGCCAACAUUGUUCAACUUUUUAUUCCAUUUAUUCGACUAAGCUUGACCAUGAGCCCUAGAGGUAAAAAUGUUUAGUAGAUGGCAACCGAUCAUAGAUUUCGUUUUCGUUGAUGGCGAGAUGACUGGAUUCCCCGCUAAUAGCUAGAUAUUUUACCUGUGGAGCUAGCUUGCUCUCCAGCAUUGUGAUUGGUCAGUCUAUGGUAUGAGUACGUUGCAAGCGGAAAAGUGGUGCGACUUUUUGAGCCUUCAGAUAUAUCUUGUAGCAACAUAUAAAACCGCUUUUUCUUCCUCUCUCAUCUCUAGGCUGAGCAGCUCAAGAGAGCUGCCGUUAUCACCGCUGAAGGAGAUGCCAAAGGCGCAGAAAUGCUGGCUGAUGCAUUUAAAGAAGCAGGGGAGGGCCUUGUAGAGCUGAGAAAGCUGGAAGCUGCUGAAGAAAUCGCAGACAGAUUGUCUCGUUCACGAAACGUUGCUUACCUACCAAAUGGACAGAACAUGCUUUUGAAUUUACCUGUUGGUCGUCAGUAAAUAUGAGUUUUAAAGGACUUAACCCUAGAAUUCCGACAAUAGACGUUGUUUUCAAGGAUUUAGAUUAGGUUUUCGUAUCAGAGUUGGGUAGACUUGAAAUCGUGCACUUCUUGUCAGAACUUUAGGGUUUAGGCACCUGCUGAGGUAAAGUAUUUGGUCUCUUCAGGCCACUUGCGCUUAAGGCCAGUUAUUUGUCACGGGAAAGUAAAGAAAUGACCAGAGAAGUUUGUUCUGUUGUACGUCUUUAGAACCAUUGCAAACAGUCUGUAACUACAGGAGGUUUCCUGAUCAAUCGGAGAGUGUUGUCAGUUACCGUAAAAGGCCAUUUACACGGGCGAUUUUGUCACGUCGGACGACAAGAGCGGUAAUUUAAGCGCGAUCUACCUUCGAGUUUAGGUAGUGUUAUUAAACAAUAUUAUAAACAUACGCGGUUGCUUGUAAACAAAAAAUGGCGGACAGUACUUAUUUCCAAGAACAGGUCGCUUGCUGCGAUAAAUCACGCUGAAAUAGCCAACUGUUUACACGUGCGAUUUGCCGCUGCAACUAGAUCAGCCCUUGUCGCCAUUAAAAUCGCCCUGGUAGACCGGCCUUAAUAAUGAUGUAACUCGUAAUAAAUUUUGGACAGAAACACG